AUGCCUGCCUGCCGCUGUGGCGGUAGCGCCAUCGACACUACAAAAAUAAGCAACAACACCUUCAACAAGCAACCAACCGGACCCGCGGCGAGCACUGAGCUGCAGCAACAGCGCCAAAAACGCGUUUAUCUGUCUGUCGGUGCGCCGCCGUCGUCGUCCAACAGCCGCCUGUCAAAUUCAGAAGAAAAAGAUACGGACGUCUCUUUGGAUGUGCCUGCCCCGGUUAAUAUCGAAGAGGAGGAGCGCAAUAUGAAGCAUUUCGCAGCUCUACUCACCGGCAGGACAUCACAUUUCCUGAAAGGCGAGGAGAUGAAGGCCAUGUAUGCGACUAGCACCUUCAAUCCGCAAAAUAUUGUUGCCACAGGCCGCUUCUUAUUCCACAAGAAGAAUCUCUAUUACUCGUUCUACACGUCGUCGAAAAAUAAUCGCCCGCGUACCAUUCAAUUUGUCAACGACGUUGGCACCAUUCUCGAGGAGCAUCAGCUGCAGACUCCACUCUCUGAUACACAGAGCGUGUAUCAGAAUGCGACUGGUAAGAUCUGUGGCGUUUGGCGUCGUGUUCCUCGUGACUAUAAGCGUCUACUGCGUGACGAACGCUUACACGUUGUAUUGCUGUGGGGCAAGAAGGAUCAGAUUGAUCUGGCUCUCGGUGGUAAGAUUGGCAAGUACACUGCUCUGCAAACGGAGUUAUUCAGCUCAUUGUUGGAGCCUUCACCGGGCACAAAGCCCGCUUUAUUGAAUGGCGCUGGCGGUACAGCUAUAAUCUCGACAAGCAGUGGCGCCGCCGCUUCCGUUCAUUUGACCCUCGUCUUUAAUGGUGUAUUUGGGGCCGACGACUAUUUGGAUAGUCCGAUCAAUAUACGCGUUGAGUCGCCCGAUCGUAAGGAAAUCGUGUUGGAUGAAGUUCAAAAAGUACGCAAGCCUUCGUCUGAGAUCAAUGUAAUGGAAAUAUCUUCACCCAUUUCCAUACCGAUGUUGCGGUUGAUGUCACGCGGAAAACUGCUACUCACAAUCGAAUCUAAGAAGAACCCUCACCUACGCAUACAGGGUCACAUUGUCACUCGCACAACAUGCGAACUCUUCCAGACGUUGCUCACACCACACAAUGCGGAGUCGAAGACGAAGAGCAGCGGCCUGGCCUGGGUCUUCCUCAACACCGAUGGUUCUCUUUCGUACAACAUCGAAACCGAUAAUAUUAGCACUAAAGACAGACCCGAAAUCAAUCUUAUGGAAGAUUUGGGUAAACGCAGAACGAUGCUGGAGAACCUUACACCAACGUUCAACUUUAACCAAGCCAUAGGCACCAUCGACAAAUUGGGUCCGAAAGCACUUGAAUCUCUAUAUACUGGCGAUCUGGGCGUCAACAUAGCCAUCGAGAACGAGCCGAGUCUCAUUCGCGGCCACUUUGUACCACGCCCCGUUGCCGAUGCUCGGGACUCUGCUGAACCAAUCCUACUGAAACGUGUUGAAAAUUCUACAACUGCCCCAGUUCACGCCAUGGGCAUGGCUUGGUUGGCCAUCGAUAACGAAUGUAACCUGCACUACGAACUCACUGUGAAUGGUUUUCAAUCAAAUCCUCAGGAUUUGCAAAUAUACCUCGAAGAAAAGCCAAUCGAAGCUAUUGGAGCACCGGUGACACGCAAACUACUUGAGGAGUUCUCCGGCUCCUACAUGGAAGGUUACGUGCUCGGCAUGCCCUCCAGCGACCUCGUCAAAUUGGAGAACAGUGUAUGUUACCUGGAAAUCCAUUCGAAGGAGAAGAGUGAGCUCAUGUUGCGCGGCAAGUUGAAAUCUACGAAGGUACCAUCGCACUGUUUUCCCGUCCACACGGAUAACAAUGUACCGAAUGUGCCUGGUGACCACAGCGACAGCAAUCUGAUUGCACCGGGCGCUAAGUGUUUCCAUUCCGGUCGCUUCUAUGAUGAGUCCGAGCAAUGGCGUAACGCGAAUGAUGUUUGCCAAAUGUGCGCAUGUCAGCGCGGUCAGCCCACCUGCGAACCCAUCAAAUGUCCAGCUGUGCAGUGCAAACCCAACGAAGAAUUGGUGCGACGAGAGGGCGAAUGUUGUUCAAUGUGCAUACCGCAAAAUGUAGUCAUUGAAACGGAGAAAACGGUAGAACAGACCGCACGCGGCUGUCGUUUGGGAGACCAAUUCCACCUGGCCGGCGCCAUUUGGCAUCCGUUCUUGCCACCAAACGGCUUUGACACAUGCACCACCUGCACUUGCGAUGUGCUGACACUGGAGGUGCGUUGUCCACGCAUGGUGUGCCCGCCUCUACCCUGCUCCGAGAAGAUCGCCUACCGUCCGGACAAGAAGGCUUGUUGCAAGGUGUGUCCUGAAAGCAAAUCCUCACGUGGUGGCGAAAAGGCCGGACCCUCCAACCCCAACGUACUGCAAGAUCAGGGAUCGCAUAAGACAACAUCUCCGGAGGAGAUCCUAAGUCAAGGCGGCUGCAAGGUAUUAAAUAAGAUAUACGAAAAUGGACAGGAAUGGCAUCCGAUUUUGGCAUCACAUGGAGAGCAGAAGUGCAUCAAAUGUCGCUGCAAGGACUCUAAAGUGAAUUGCGAUCGAAAGCGUUGCUCACGCUCCACCUGCCAGCAGACGCGUAUCUCGGCUAAGCGGAAAUUCUAUGAGAAACCCGGCAUUGGUGGAGGCAACGAGCCGGUCAUCGACGAGUGCUGCUCAACGCAGUGUAGACGCUCGCGCCGCCACCACAGACGCACACACCAGGAGCGCCCUAGUGCCGCCGACGAUCGGCAACAGCAGUCGAAACGGGUGCAACAGCAAGCGAAUCUUAACCGCAGCGGCAGCAACAACCAUAGCAGCUGAGCGCCAAAGUCAGGUCGUCGCAAUCAUUCAGAACACACAUACACACAUAAUAUCGCCCGAAUAUCACAGAAGAUAAAAGAAUAACAAAAUCGCAAUUUUCUUCUAAAGAAAAUGCGCGCCCUUUGUAACUUUCUUGAAACCAGGACUGAAAAUGAAUGAGGCGAACGAAGCGUUGAAAACAAUGGAGAGUAGCACUGACAAAAAAUUACAUAAAUAAGAAAUAUGUACAUACAUACAUAUAUGAGUAUGUAUGCAAUAAAAGGGAUCGGAUAUUUGCCAACAAAGCCGCCAGCAAAAUGACAUAUGUAGAUACAUAUUUACUUAAAAAAACGAAAGCAACUUUUUGUAUUUUAACAACAUUAUCCACAGAUAGCAGAUAAAACAGAAAUGCAGUUGGAAGAGCGAAUAGUGCGCCAGUUGUAUGGAAUAUAGUCCAUGUAGAGAGAGUAUGGCUAGUAACUAUUUUAGAGAUGUGCUAGCGGAAGCUAUUUAAAAAAUAUUUAUGAAUUACCUUAAGGACACCAGUGCAGUUGCUUCAAAAUUGUAUAAAACGUUUAAUUUUAACAAAAGGAUUUCAUUUCCAAAAUGCCGUCGCAGCAGCAGUUGCUGAGCUGAGAGUAAAAUUCUCUGGAAAUAAAUAGUUCUAGUAGAAUGAUAAUAGACGAUUGCUGACCGAGAAUUGUAAGCAAAUAUUAAGGCAACGAGUUAGCGGCAAAGUGCGAUAGAGGGUGGCAGAGAGAGAGACAGUGCAAAAAUGAGAAACACAUCCCAAACGUUUCGACUGAUUGACUGAAUGGCAUAGACUAAGUAAAAUAAACUUACAAAAAUGCUAAAAAAAA